AUGGAAACUUAAUUAACAGAAAAUAAUCUUCUUGAGUUACGUAAAAGAAUGAUUAGCUUAUUUGAUGAGUGCAUCAAUAAUCACAAACCUUCAACAACAAUUACACUACUAGUAGGAUUAACAGGAGCUGGGAAGAGUACUAUUUUCAAUUUCUUAUGUGGUGCUGAGUUCGUCUAUAAUGGAAGACAAUUAGAGCUAAAACAGAAUUCAGAUUAAUUUUCAAUAAUGAAAGGAGGAAUGGUAUCUGUGACAAAAGAACCAAAAUUCUAUAUGAAUAACAAUAAUAAACAUUUACUUAUAGAUUUCCCUGGAUUUUAAGACACCACUGGCAAUGUGGACUAAUUAUUAUUUGAUCUAUUAUUUAACAAGAUUGUGUCCAUGGGAGAAGUGAAAAUCAUUUAUGUUAUAAAUAAUCCUGAUAAUACCCUUCCAGCAAGAGGGAUUGACCUUUAAGCAUUUAUUUCAUAACUUGAUAAUCCUCAUUUCCAUUUAUUAUUGAAUUGUUAUAAUGAUGAUUUGGAUGAUGAAGAAUUAAUAAACGACAUAAAAGAAUAAUUAAAACAAACCAAAUUUCAAAGUAACAUUGAUAAAAUCAUCGUGUAAAGAAAAGGUAAAAAAGACAAUUUAGAUGAAGUGUUUAAGGACAAUCAUAGAUAAAUAUUCUGGAAUUAGAUUUAAGCAAUGAAUAAGAUUAAGAUAAAACCAAGAAACUUACCUAAGAGUUAACUCAUAAGUGAAUUUCUAAUUUCUGAAGCAACUAAAAAAAUACAAGAAAAUGUUAAGAUUAUGUAAGAUUUUUUCAACAAAAAAUCAGAUGAGACCAAUUAACAGUAGAAUGACGACAUGUUAGCAGAUUUGAAGAUAUUUAAAGAUCUGAUGCAAAAUGAUAAAAAUUUAACAGCUUUACAAUGGUUUGAAUAGUUUAUUAACAUUUGUGAAAAAUUGACAAAUUCUGGUCAAUAACAACAAACAAAAAUAGGUAAAGAUUUCAUCAGUUUAUUUUAAUAUUUUGAGUAAUUUAAAGAAUUCAUCAAUGGUUAUUAAUAAUUGUAAACUAUUAAUGAAUUUGGCAAACAAGCCUUCAAAUAGAUUGAAAUAUUAAUUGAUACAAAAAUUGAAUUAAUCGAAAAAUUGAAAUAAGCUGAAUAAGAGAGAAAAAAGGCUGAAGAAGAGAGACUAAAGGCUGAAUAAGAGAAACAAAAGGCUGAAGAAGAGAGACUAAAGGCUGAAUAAGAGAAACAAAAGGCUGAAGAAGAGAGACUAAAGGCUGAAUAAGAGAAACAAAAGGCUGAAGAAGAGAGACUAAAGGCUGAAUAAGAGAAACAAAAGGCUGAAGAAGAGAGACUAAAGGCUGAAUAAGAGAAACAAAAGGCUGAAGAAGAGAGACUAAAGGCUGAAUAAGAGAAACAAAAGGCUGAAGAAGAGAGACUAAAGGCUGAAUAAGAGAAACAAAAGGCUGAAGAAGAGAGACUAAAGGCUGAAUAAGAGAAACAAAAGGCUGAAGAAGAGAGACUAAAGGCUGAAUAAGAGAAACAAAAGGCUGAAGAAGAGAGACUAAAGGCUGAAUAAGAGAAACAAAAGGCUGAAGAAGAGAGACUAAAGGCUGAAUAAGAGAAACAAAAGGCUGAAGAAGAGAGACUAAAGGCUGAAUAAGAGAAACAAAAGGCUGAAGAAGAGAGACUAAAGGCUGAAUAAGAGAAACAAAAGGCUGAAGAAGAGAGACUAAAGGCUGAAUAAGAGAAACAAAAGGCUGAAGAAGAGAGACUAAAGGCUGAAUAAGAGAAACAAAAGGCUGAAGAAGAGAGACUAAAGGCUGAAUAAGAGAAACAAAAGGCUGAAGAAGAGAGACUAAAGGCUGAAUAAGAGAAACAAAAGGCUGAAGAAGAGAGACUAAAGGCUGAAUAAGAGAAACAAAAGGCUGAAGAAGAGAGACUAAAGGCUGAAUAAGAGAAACAAAAGGCUGAAGAAGAGAGACUAAAGGCUGAAUAAGAGAAACAAAAGGCUGAAGAAGAGAGACUAAAGGCUGAAUAAGAGAAACAAAAGGCUGAAGAAGAGAGACUAAAGGCUGAAUAAGAGAAACAAAAGGCUGAAGAAGAGAGACUAAAGGCUGAAUAAGAGAAACAAAAGGCUGAAGAAGAGAGACUAAAGGCUGAAUAAGAGAAACAAAAGGCUGAAGAAGAGAGACUAAAGGCUGAAUAAGAGAAACAAAAGGCUGAAGAAGAGAGACAAAAGGCUGAAUAGGAUGCGAGAAGGGCUGAAUAAGAGAGACAAAAGGCUGAAUAGGAUGCGAGAAAGGAAAAAUAAGAGAGGCUAAAGGCUGAAGAAGAGAGACGAAGGACUGAAGAAAAGAGAAGGGCUGAAGAAAUGAGAUGGGCUGAAGAAAAGAGACGGGCUGAGUAAGAAAGACAAAGAUAAUAAAGAGAGAUUGAUAGAUUGAAAACACAACAGAGAGAACGAGAGGAGCAGGAAAAGAGAGAGAUGGAAAAUAAAUAAAAAUAGGAAAAAGAAUUUGAAAAAAAGAGCGAGAGUGUGAAGCUUAAAACUGAGCAGGAUUAGAAAAGUAAAGCUGAGCAGGAUUAGAAAAAUAAAGCUGAGCAGGAUUAGAAAAGUAAAACUGAGCAGGAUUAGAAAAGUAAAACUGAGCAGGAUUAGAAUAGUAAAACUGAACAGUAGCAAACUCAGAAACCUAAGUAUAAAUUUGGUUCGCCUGAAUAUAACGCAGAAUUGUAGAAAAUCAUUAAAGGUCAUAAAAAGAGAUAUGAAGAUCUUUGUGCAGAGAAAAGAAAGUAUGAAUAUGAGUAAAGUGGAAUAUGGGGAUUCAUAAGUGGCGAUUCGAGUUAGGUUUAUCAUUAGAAGCUUAAAGAGCUUAACUAUGCUAUAGAAGAGGAAAUAUUUUAGCUUACAUUAUAUAAUUAAUGGCCUUACAUUAUAUGAUUAAUGGUCGUGUAUAACUUUUG